GACUGUUAUUGUUGUUGCACUUUCGGGGUUAGAGUGUUUGAGAGUUCCCGCCGUAAUGGGUUCACUCUGUUGAUGUCUGCAGUAAAACGAGGUUUGCUCCUAUGUUCAACACUCCGCCUCCUUUUCUUCGGCGCUACAUUAAAAUGAGAACGAUUGAACGACUGGUUCUAGCGUCAGCCUCACAGUUCUCUGCCUCGCCUGUGUGGAAUUUGGACCUUCUCCCCAUGCUUGCGUGGGUUUUCUCUCGGCACUGUGGUUUUCUCCCAAAUUCCACAAACACGCUUCAUGGGACACUUGUUUCCAUGUGCCCUGCGAUUGGCUGGCGACCAGUUCAGGGUGUCCCCUGCAUCCUGCCUAAUGAUAGCUAGGUAGGCUCCAGCGCUCUCGCGACCAUUGUGAAGAUAAGUGGCUCAGAAAACGUGGAUGGAGACUGAAAACGUACCGAGUCACACUCCAUAGCAAUAGGUGGCGGUAAUCCCCCUUCAUAAAACACUGAAAAAAGACGAAUCGGAAGCUGCGCCGUAAGGGAUCAUGGGUAAUACAUUUCCUUUCACUUCUGGGCAUGCAGGAGAAUGCUCGAUCUCACAGCAAUAAGUCUUGCUGAAUUUGGACAGAAUGUUUUUGAAUGAUCUACGUGUGAUGCCCCUGACUACUACUUGACUGGAGCAAAACAUAUUUCAUGCAUGCUUCGUGUCCGUCUGGAGUCGUCUUGUGCAUGUUGAAGAAGCUUCUCGGCUUAGCUUAGCUUGCUAACAAAGAGCCCCGUUUGCGAUCAACACUCAAAGAUCAAGCUUCAACUAAAGUUCUUCUUUCCGCUGCCAACUAGGUGGAAAUUGGUGUGAUCGCUGCGUUAAAAUGUGUGCAAGAAGGACAGCAGAGUACGAGGAGGAACUUUGGGGCCCAAAAGAGGAGAAGAAGCCACGUCAACUACUGGACGCUGUGUUCAAUCUGCAGCCUCAAAUUGUGCUACACAGAGCAGACAUCAGUGAAAAUCUUCAUCCAGACCGGCAGCAGUCAGUGUCCUUUCCCAUCAAAGAGGAGGAAGAAGGUGAAGAGGUUCAGCGUAUCAAAGAUGAGAAGGAAGAGGUCGUACACAUGAAAGAGGAAGAGCAGCAGGAAAUCAUCCAGGUUCCAGUCACUGGUGUCCAGUUGAAGAGUGAAGAUGAAGGUCAAAAUGAGGACAAACGAGGGGCGGAGCCUCCAAGCAGGAACAGCUCAAGUGAUCGAGAACUUUGUGAAAGAUCACAAACAGACGGUCAUGAUAAUUAUGAUGAUGAACAAUCGGAAGGUGAUAUGACAUGUCACACUUCCAACAAAUGCUGGAAAUGUUCUCUCUGUAGGAAAGGUUUUGCUUCCAUGAGCAAUUUUAACCAACACAUGAAAAUACACACAGGAGAGAAAGCAUUUUCCUGCUCAAUUUGUGGUCAAAGAGUCUUUGGGAAGGGAACCUUAAAAACACACACAAGAACACACACUGGUAAGAAACCUUUUUCAUGUCCAUUCUGCGAUAAAAUAUUCACUGAGAAGGGAAAAUUAAAAAUACACACAAGGACACACACUGGUGAGCAGCCUUUUACCUGUUCAGUUUGUGGCCAAAGAUUCUCCCAAAAUGGAAACUUAAAAAUACACACAAGAAUGCACACUGGUGAGAAACCUUUUUCCUGUUCAGUUUGUGGCCAAAGAUUCUCCCUGAAUGGAAACUUAAAAAUUCACACAAGCAAGCACACUGGUGAGAAACCAUUUUCCUGCUCAGUGUGUGGUCAAAGAUUCGCUCAGAAGGGAGGUUUAAAAAGACACACAAGAACACACACUGGUGAGAAACCUUUUUCCUGCUUAGUUUGUGGUCAAAGAUUCACUCGGAAGGAAGAUUUAAAAAUACACACAAGAACGCACACUGGUGAGAAACCUUUUUCCUGCUUAGUUUGUGGUCAAAGAUUCACUCGCAGGGGGGAUUUAAAAAUACACACAAGAACACACACUGCUGAGAAACCUUUUUCCUGUUCAGUUUGUGGCCAAAGUUUCUCCCAAAAUGGAAACUUAAAAAUGCACACAAGAACGCACACUGGUGAGAAACCUUUUUCUUGCUCAGUAUGUGGUCAAAGAUUCACUCAGAAGGGAGGUUUAAAAAGACACUCAAGAACACACACUGGUGAGAAACCUUUUUCCUGUCCAAUUUGUGAUAAAAGAUUCACUGAGAAGAGAAAUUUAAAAAUACAUAAUGGAACACACACCGGUGAAAAACCUUUUUCCUGCUCAGAUUGAGAACAAAUAUUAUUUUCCAAGUACAGUAUGCCCAUGUUUUUCCCAGAACCCCCCGUGAAAUGUAAAAAACGGAGAAGUAGACCCCCCCCCCCCACGCACACACACACACCAGGAAUUGACCCCUCCGUACAGGGCAGUUAACCAUGCCUCCUGAAAUGACGUCACACCACGUGCGCUGACGUAAGACAAACAGUAAAAAUGGCAAAUACAAUACAAUACAUUCUGAACUGAGACAGACUCCAUGCUUCUGAUUUCAUUCAAUCAUUCACACGUAGCAGUGUUAUGCUAGCGGAGAACGUCUCAUUCAUUUAUACGAGACGUGGAUUAAAAAUCAAAUUUAGGGCAUAUCUUCGUGCAAACACAGUCUGGUUAAGCUUCUGGCCGCGAGCCAGCAAAAAAGCGACACGUUUGUGCAGUCCGAUCAUCGCUAAAUAUCGCUCAACAAAGAAUAAGUGUGUCAAUUGUUCACACGUAGCGGUGUUAUGCUAGCGAAGAACGUCUCCUUCAUUUAUACGAGACGUGUAUUGAAAAUCAAAUAUAGGGCAUACCUUCGUGCAAACAUAUCUGUUCCGGUUGAUAUUAGAUGGAUUUAGUUGAUGAUGCGGUCUUCCACAAAGUUUGAUCCAUCGAAGGCAUUUUUCGUACUGGGUCUUCGGAUUUGGAAAGGGUACGAAUCGAACUCCACCAACUAGGCUUUCAGGAUACCUGUCGUCACGAUUACAAAGUCCGUGACUACACCUCUUAACCAUAUUUUUUGUUAAAUAACCCAAAUACGCGAUAAAACGCUAACUAAACCUAUACUGGACCAUGCAAUGUUGUCUGAGAAAAUGGCGGGAGCAAAAACGGGGUUUGGUUUAUGCAGAUCUCUGGCCUCUGAUUGGUCUGUGACGCGGAUUGCGCAAUAUCCACGGAGGGGUCAAUUAUUGCAAUGUUAAUAUUUGAUUGAAGAAUAUACUCAUCACUCUAAUUGUUCAUAAAUUUGAGUUUCAAUGUUUAUUUAUGAAAUAAAACAAAAUGAUGAUGUGGGGAGUGACAUGAAUGUUGGUUUUCAUCACUAUCCAAAAGCAGUUGGGAUGGUAUUCUGGAUCAAAUAUUAAUGAAUAUUUUUAGGAAUGCAGUAAAAUGUUGAGAUGAUUCACUUGAUUAUGAUAAUGGAGAUCAAAUCUUUCAGUUUCACUGGUGCUGGCUCAGCAUCCUGCAGGGUUUCAGCCUUGUUGCCAUGGUGACACAUUUAGAAAGACAACCUUUGUCGCUUUCAACAGCCGUGAUCGCAUAGUGGUUAAUACUCUGCGUUGUGGCCGCAGCAACCCCGGUUUGAAUCCGGGUCAUGGCAGGGAUGAAUCUGUGAAGAAAACUUUGUAGUCCUUAUGGUUGAUAUUUGCAUGAAUCCCUUUAGAAUUACAAAAAUAAAUGAACUAAAGAAAAUUAUGGAAGUAAUUAAUUGCCAUCACAGUGCGAAUUCAAAAUUCUAGCAUGGAAUUUUUUUAACAAUGAAAUCCAAUGUAAAAAACGUGUGUAUGUGUAUGUGAUUUAUUUGUGUGAUACAGGCAAAUAAGUAUUUGAACACCUGUCUAUCAGCCAGAAAUCUGACUCUCAAAGACCUGUUAGGCUGCCUUG